AUGGACCACUCCAUUAGUCCAUGCCCUCCGCCGGGAGGCGAACUCAACAUCCAGGACUUGGAACUAAUGAUGCAGUGGUGCACCACCACCUACCGUUCUGUCUCGCGCAACAGCACCGUGGAAGGAAUUUGGCAGGGCGUGGUCCCGCGCGAGGCAAUGCGCCACCCAUUCCUUAUGCAUGGUAUUCUGGCCCUGUCAGCCCUACAUCUGGCCUCCUCCACCUCCUCCACCACUGGAGCCAGCAAAGAGGAGUAUCUGCGCAUCGCCAAGAGUCAUCAGCAACAGGCCGUUGCGGGCUUGGCCAAGGUCGCCGACCAUCUAGACCGGUCCAAUUGCAACGCGGCGUUUGCCCUCUCCAGCAUCAUGGUCGUCUUCGCGUUCGCCUUCCAGGGAAACCCAAUUCCCACCGCCAGCACACAAACCAAUGCCUUGGAUGCGCUUAUGGACAUUUUCCAGUUUACCAGGGGCUCCAUUGAUGUACAGGGCGAGAUCAUCGAAUGGGUCGCGGAUGGAGAGUUCAGCGCUCUCCUAGAAUACGACAACUCGCAGCCUAAAAUGCCGGACACUUCGCGCCUGGCCAUUAUGUCUCUCUCAAGGCGGAAUACUAACUUAGCGACCAAGGAUCCGACGCACGAAAAGGAUGUGUACGAUGCGACCAUCAACCAUCUCGGAUUCUCCCUGGAUAAGCUUGCACGGGGAGGUGAGACCAUGAUCAUCGCCUUUCAAUGGAUAUUCCGGAUUCCGUCGCGAUAUGUGGAAUUGGUCCGGGCGCGAAAACCGUUUGCAUUGGCGAUUCUAGCCCACUACGCUGUCAUCAUCCACUCGUUGCGAGGGCAUUGGUGGAUUGGCGAAUGGGGGACUCGAUUGAUCCGCGACAUUGGCCAGCAUCUGGAUGCCGGCUGGAGAGAGUCGAUCAGUUGGGUCAUUGACGCCACAGGUUGUUAUAUCCCUCCGGUCUGA